UCGGCAGAUUCGGUCCAUCGCUACCCAUUAUCCCCAUUAUAGACCUCACUAAUUGAAAAGGGCAUUAUUUACACAGAUAAUUUUAUAUGGUGAAGGCAAUGCACUUUCACGAACUUUUUCUUUUUUCUCCCUUGCUUUGAGCCGCUUUUAGCUUUUAGCGGUCCUUAGGCUUAGCGAGCGCGCGCCGUUAUCGAGAGUGUCCGUGCGGUCCGUGUGUUGAUUGUCUAGUGGUGAUGCCCGUUCGCCGCGCCAGUCGCGCUCACUAACAAUUACGCCAGUUUAAACAAAUCGUCUUAUUUUUACGCGUUUCAGUCUUUUUACGAACACCAGUAGGGUUCCCAGAAGCCGUUCUUCAAUAAUGACGGGCAAACAAGCGUAUAACAUCGGAGAUCUCGUGUUUGCCAAGGUUCGCGGCUACCCUCCAUGGCCUGCAAGAGUUGAAGAUGUUGUACCUGACAAGGCAAAGCUUAAGCCGCACAAGUACUCAAUCCUUUUUUAUGGCACUUAUGAGACGGCCACCUUAGGAACGAAGGACUUGUUCCCUUAUGCCGAAUUCAAAGGGAAGUAUGGACAGAAGUUGAAGAGGAAGUUCUUCAAUGAGGGACUCUGGGAGAUAGAGAAUAACCCAAACGUGAAGCCUCCAGGAGAAGGGGGCUCUGGCAACAAGUCGACCAAGAAAAAGGAUCGGCUUGAGCCUGUGAUCGAGGAGGAAGAGGCGGUGCAGGAGGAGGAGGAAGACGAAAAAUUGGUCAUUGAUGAAAAGCCCUCCAAAAAUAAAACUGAACCCCCACCUGCAAAGAAAAGGGCUACAAAGAGAACUUCGAGGGAUUCCACGGAGGAGCCGAAAUCUGGAGUAGAUGAAAUACCAAAGAAAAGGGCGUCACGUUCCAAGGAACCCGCACCGAAGACGGCGGCCACACCGCCCAGCCGCAGUCGCAGCGGCCGCACCAUCAAGCGGAAGAAGUUCAGCUCUGAGAGCGACGAGGACGAAGGCAGCUGGUCGGUCGAGGCGUCUGCUCCCGAGGGCGGGGACAAGGAAGCCAGCGACCAGGAGGCGCCCGGCCGCGGCACCGAGAGGUCCCGCGCGUCUGCCGCCAAGGACAAGAAGGACAAGUCGUCUCAAGAGGCGAAGGACUCUGCCGAGAGCCAGGAAGAAGGUCGCCCCCCAAGCCCGCAGAAGGAAAAAGCGCCAACCAAGGAGCUCGAGAAGCCCGCAGCACCAGAGUCGCCCGCCGAGGAGGAACCGGAGGCACCGGCUCCGCUGCAGGAAGCCCCUCCCGCAAAGCCGCCCAAGAAGUCCAGCCGACGCAGGGACAAGCACGCCAGUGCUGACCCACCGGCGGCUUCCGCCAAGGAGAAUGCUGACCAAAGUAAUGAAAAUGCUGUACCUGCCAAGCCCGUACCACCCCCCAAACCCGAAACUUCAGCAAAGGUUCCAGACAAGGAGAUUCCCAAGCCAGCGGAGGAACCGACAAACAGUUCAUCUCCCAGGAAGAAGUACCGUUCUAAGGCUUGGCUUGAGUCGCGGAGCAAGCGAAGGUUGAAGGAAUCUGCCUCCAAAAGCAGCUCAGAGUCUGACACCGAACAUGACGCCGUUCCAGUCCGACUGUCACCCCCGAAGAAACGCAGGACAGUGCCCAAGGAUCAGCAGAAUCCCGUGGUAGUGUUGGACGACGUUUCUCGCUUCAUGAGCACCGAACCUGGCUCCUCAUACACUCUGCCACAGAGCAACGGGGUUGCGACAUCAGUUACAAAACAGCAGGACGCACUGGCAGAAGCUUCGUUGGAAAAAUUGCAGAAGAAAAUAAGUAACCUCCCGUUAGAAACAUUACAGAAAAAAUUGCGGCAGUUUGACAUCAAUGGAACCUUGGGAGGACUUCAUCUCUCUGAUAUUUGCAAGGAGCUCCAGUUUCUCCGCACCUACAUCCAAGAGUUACGAGAGCGUGAGGCACAUCUGACGGGGAUCUACACACGCUUCUUCGAGCUUCUGGAUGUCUAAUGCUGCACUUCCCCACCCAUACCCCACCGGAGCAAAUGGCUUUCACCAAAAUGUCACGCUUUUACUGUUUAUGAUAUUUUGCUUGAUUGAGCUUCACUUAGUGUUCUAACAUCCUAUUCUCUGCUUUGUGCAAUGGAACAAAGAAAACUCAAUUUUGACAUUUCAGUUGAGACAGAUGUUUGGUCACAGGGUCUGCCUUGAGCAGGCAAAAAAAAGUGAUAUCCUUUUUCUUUUUUUCACAAGAAUUGUGUGAAAAUGUCUCAUCAUAUUAGUCAUUUGUGUACCCAUGCUUCAUUCUCGUCAUCCUGAUUCUUAGAAUUGUUUUUAAAUAGUUGGCACUUUGCAUGGUUCUUCUGCUUACUGCAACAGUGUUGCUCUAAUAUUUGCAUAAUGUUUCCGUCUGGAGUGUGCUAAUUGCGAUCUAGUCUGCACAUUUUUAAUUUUUUUAUUAAUAUUUUAUUUAAGACGUGAAAAAAUUAACUCAUAGCCACAAUGGAGCUUUCUUGUGUCUACAUGACAUGGGAGUUUCACAUUGCGUGUGCAUUUUUCUUUAUUCCUGGCAUUAUCUGUCUUUAUACUAAAAAGGUUUCAAGACUGGGGGCAUUUCAGUCCAUUCAGGACAUUUCUUUCUUGAUUUUAAAAUUCUGUUUGCUCAGAUUCCCUGUGUCUCCUAUAAGCGUGGAGGUUAUUAGGUAACUGUCUAUACCACGACUUAUCCAUGUUAAAAGGCCCACGUUUGUUUAAGUAGUGUUACACCAUUUCCUCUAUAGCUCACCGCUUUGCAUCAUUUGUAUUGCAACAGUGCCAAGACAUUUCAUUGUUCAAAUUCAUUUUUAUUUUUGUCAUUGCAAUCGUCAUUUUUUUUUUACCUUUUACCAUUUUUUUUUUAUUUGUAUGUAAUUCAUGUAUCUUCCUUGAAUAAAUGUACGCAGAUUUA